AUGCCCGGCUCGCUCGCAGACUAUUUAGCAAAAAACUACCUUACGGCCGACCCAGCUACCGAGCGGCCGAAGAAGAAGCGCAAGAAGACCAAGGCUGUCGACACUUCAGGCUCUGGUCUCAUCAUCGCCGACGAUGACCCCCCCGACAUCCGCGCCUCAUUAGGCAACCGGAAUGAAGACGACGAAGACAGCCCAUAUGUCGACACAUCCGCCCAAAGCGCCGAGUUCCGUCGAGCUAAAAAGUCAAGCUGGAAGACUAUUGGAGGCGCCGCGCCUGGCCAGGGAAGCGAACAAGAAGCGGCCGAUGCCAUCCUUGCUUCUGCGGCAGCCGAACGAGCGGCCGAGCAAGAUCAAGACGACGACGAUCAACCUGCAAUCGACGAAAACGAUGACGGAGCAGGAAGAAUGGAGUCCGGCGCGCGCGGUGGUCUCCAAACAGCGGCUCAGACCGCGGCGAUGGUGAAGGCGCAGGAAAAGCAACGCAAGGCCGAGGAGGCACUCUACCGUGACCCAUCUGCUUCAAACGAAAAGUCCCAAGAAACAAUCUACCGAGACGCCUCCGGACGCAUCAUCAACGUGGCCAUGAAGCGGGCAGAAGCUCGCCGAGCGGAAGAAGAAAAACGCGAGAAGGAAGAAAAAGCGCGCGAGGCCCAAAUGGGCGAUGUGCAACGGCAACAGCGCGCAGACCGGAAACAAGAACUACAAAAUGCCAAAGCUAUGACGCUUGGACGGACGAUUGAUGACGAGGACAUGAACGACGAAAUGAAGGCCCAGGACCGAUGGAAUGAUCCUGCUGCGCAGUUCCUGACAGAGCGUCGGGAUGCCGGAGCUAGUGUGACAGGAAAACCUCUGUACCGGGGUGCUUUCCAGCCAAAUCGGUACGGCAUUCGGCCUGGACAUCGAUGGGACGGGGUGGAUCGGGCGAAUGGGUUCGAAAAGGAGUGGUUUACGGCGCGGAAUAAGAAGAGUCGAUUUGAGGCGCUGGAUUAUCAAUGGCAGAUGGAUGAGUAG